AUGUCGUACAUGUUAGGUUCAACGAAUCAUGUUAUUCAAAGAGAAAUCAACGAGACUUUAGAGAAAAACAACUAUCAAUCUGUCAUCUACUUUUUAUUUGUUAUGGAAACGUUGCAUACCGAUGAACUUGUUAUCGGAAUACAUAUUGCUUGUCAAACGGUGAAUAAUUGCGCUGCAAAGUAUGCAGAAGAGUUCAUUGCUUUUUAUGACAAUCAAGUCAGCCCGGUGGAACAAUUAAAAUCCUUAAUUUUCGAUUCGAGGGCACCAUCUAUUUUAGUUUGUUAUAACUCAUAUACCAAAAUUAUCGAAGAAUGCUCCGUAUCUCAGCGUUCCACUUGUAUUUUCAAUUCAACUGAUAUUCUCAAUCAACGAUGUUCAUCUGAUUUAUUUCCAAGAUUAGAGUACGGCUUUGUGAUCAUGUCCAAAGACACGAAAUCGAUAAAGAAAACAUAUGAAAGUAUCGUUUGUAAUACAACUGCUUGUAAUGAUGAGUUGGUAGUUGCGCAAAUCAAAGCAAUCGUUUACCAUUAUACUCUAUUCGGAAUGAAUCUCACAUACAAUUACAGCAGAACGUUGAAAUACGAGUUAUCUGAAUACAUAUAUGUGCUUAUUUUUAUAGUUACUAUGGGACGAUUGACCACGUAUGAAUUGUGA